UUUUUUAACGAUAUCGGAUCUUUAGAGGCUUGAUCUUGUCAGUAAUGACACACUGCUUCUACAUCAUAAUUAGUUUAUACCUUGGAUGUUUAACCCAUUUCAGUUUUCAAGAUCGCUAUUUAUACUAAAUGCUCUUCUAUAGGAGAAGGAAAUUGAAGGUGCAUGUAGAAGAAGAAUUUUUGUCCGUUCUUUUUUUCCCCCUUGAAAAGCUAUAAUUUUAUUAGCCAAUAUAAACUUAAAACAAACUGGGUGGCUGUCCAAUGUCAACCUAUGCUAACUAUUGUAGAUACAGGGAAUCACAUAUGAUGGCUAAUUGUAUUGCCAGUUUCUUCUUCUUUAAAAAGAAUAAUGAGCAUUUAGAAAACACAGAACUUACACCAUGUUGCUGGCGCCACAUCCAAAACUUGACUUUCUUCAAGCUUAUCAACAACGGGUUUGCAGCUAGGUUGAAUAUAAAUUCUGCUCCUGCCUUCCCCUGAGUUUUAGUGAUUCCAUUCGUAAUUUUUCCUGCUUCCUGAAUUUUGAUAGAGCUCUUUGUACUGCCUGUCACCCGAGCUACAAUGAUCUCUCAUUUAGGAUCUCUGGCUACCAUGCCUAUGUUAAGGUGGGGUUCAACUAUUGCAGCUACAUUGAUCCUUAUAAUACGUAUUGCUGGAGGUUCCUAGUUUUCCUUUGUAGUCUGGCAACCCGCUUAUUAAUCUGAUUAAAUUCAAUCCAGUCCUGGCCAGCUUUCUGAAUAAUCUUCUUACAAUCUCAUCUUCAAUAAAGAGUUUGUUCCUCCCUUUUCAGAUUUACCACAAAACUAUGAGAGUCACGUGCAUCCUAUUUCUACCUGCGCUUUGUUUACUUACUUCCUUUAGCUUUUCCCACCAGUCCAGAAGUUAUGCUGUACAUCUCUGAGACCCAUCCACUGUACUAGUGCCACUAUCCACACCUUUGCAGCUUCAGAACUUGUCAGAAGUGUAUGGCAAAUUGUUUCAACCUCCUCCCCACAGGCUUUGCAUUACAGUUUAAGGUUCCCAACAGAUUUCAAACCUUGUGACUGAAAAUCAUUCUGCUCGAUUCUAUCCCUUGUCUUCCCCCUCUGUCUUUGUCAAUUUCUCUUCUCUUAGCUUCUUCAUAAUCUGAACUAACAGUGUAGCUUCUGGAUUUGGAGUAUACCCUAUUGAAUCUGUCAUGCAAGUUCAUUCAUUUAAUUGUUUUUUUUUCCUUUAAGCUAAAUUCCAAAAGAAGAAGAAAGACAAUGGAGAAGCAAGAGGGUUGAUUCUCAGUUAAACCUCCUAAAACCUAUCAAAUGAAAUCAGUAGCAAAAUGUCAAUUCAUGAGAAUCCAAUGUCUAUCCAGGAUGUAAACGGCCUCCAAAUUGCCAAACAAGCUGAUAGAAUCUGCCAAAUAUUGUCCAACCAUAAUGGCUCAGGAAAUGUUGACUCUGCUAUGAAAUCUGCUUCAGUUGAAAUAAAGAUCACUCAAUUGUUGGUGCAAGAAGUUUUGAAGAAGCUCAGCAACGCUGGUUUGUUGGCUUUAUCUUUUUUUAGGUGGGCCGAGAAGCAAAAAGGAAUCAAGCACACCUCAGCGAGCUACAAUACUUUAAUUGAAUCCCUGGGAAAAGUCAAACAGUUUAAAAUGGUAUGGAAACUAGUUGAGGAAAUGAGGCAACAAGGCAUGCUGUCAAAAGACUCUUUUGCCCUAAUUUCACGCCGCUAUGCCCGAGCUCGGAAAGUUAAAGAGGCCAUUGAUGCAUUUGAGAGUAUGGAAAAAUUUGGGCUGAGGCCAGAAUUGCAAGACUAUAACAGAUUGAUUGAUACUUUAUGCAAGUCCAGGCAUCCAGAGAAGGCACAGCAGGUGUUUGACGAAUGGAAGAAUAAAAGGUUUAAGCCUGAUAUUAAGUCAUAUACCAUAUUGUUGGAAGGGUGGGCCCAAGAGCAGAAUUUGUUGAGAUUAAAUGAAGUUUGUCGUGAAAUGAGAGAUGAUGGUUUUGCACCAGAUGUUGUAAGUUAUGGUAUUAUGAUCCAUGCUUAUUGCAAGGCUAAAAACUAUCAUGAAGCAGUUGAAAAGUAUCAUGAAAUGGAGAGGAAGGGCAUUAAAACAACUCCUCAUAUAUACUGUACUUUGAUCAAUGCUUUGGGAUCAGAGAAAAGGUUGAGUGAGGCCCUCAAGUUUUUUGAACUGGCCAAGACUAGUGGUCAUGCUCUUGAAGCACCCACGUACAAUGCAGUUGUGGGGGCGUAUUGUUGGUCAAUGCGAAUCCAUGAUGCUUACCGGAUUGUUGAUGAGAUGAGGAUAUGUGGUGUUGGUCCUAAUUCACGAACUUAUGAUAUAAUACUUCAUCAUCUUAUUAAGGCUCAUAGAACACAAGAAGCAUAUGCUGUUUUCCAGAAAAUGAAUGAUGAACCAGGAUGCGAGCCAACUAUUAGCACAUAUGAGAUUAUGGUGCGAAUGUUCUGCAAUGAGGAGCGGACAGAUAUGGCUUUGAGGGUGUGGAAUCAGAUGAAGGCUAAGGGAUUCCUUCCUGGGAUGCAUAUGUUCUCAUCAUUGAUUAACAGUUUGUCCCAUGAGAAUAAAUUGGAAGAUGCCUGCAGAUAUUUUCAGCAGAUGUUAGAUAUGGGAAUUAGACCUCCAACUCCAAUGUUUAAGAACUUAAAGCAAGCUCUUCUUGAUGAGGGGAAGGAAGAUACAGUGCUGACAUUGGCAAAAAAACUUGAGAAACUAAGGGUUACGCAAAUAGUCAGUUAAUGACAAGAGAUAUUGACCUUUGUCUUUUGUUCUGGUGUAUUUAGAAUACUUUAAUCUGCCCAUGUUAAUACAAAUUGGAAAUUCUUUUCUUGAUUCCAUUAGAGGUUCUUGCUAUGCACACGGUGGAUGAAAGGUCAAUCCUAUGACAUUAAUUUACUGUUUUGAAAUAGUUGAAGCCCAACGGUACACAUGUUGCAUAAUUA